AUGUCUCUACAAUCACAAGAUGUCAACCUAGUCAGCCCUGUGGAAAUUAAUGUGCUCGAGCGAAUUUGGAAAGUACAAAAUACACCCAUUUAUUCGAAGUUACUUAAUGGUGCGCACAACUUCAAAACUCUCUUUCUGGCCACAAACGCAGUUCUCGGUCGCUUUGUAAGCAUGAUUUUGUAAAUGCUUUGGGUCAAUCGUUCUCUCGCUAACCUCACAACUAUAUUGGUCUAACAGCUAUGAUAUGCUAAAUGUAUGGCCCCAAAUGGUAAAUGUUUUGGAUUCUGGCUGUCAUAAAAAAGGAAUCGUUGAGCCUUAGAUUUUCCGUUUAUCUUUCAACCUUUUAGAAGUCAGACGUCACCGUAGAUUACAUAUCGAAGAACUGCCCAGCAUUUCUGGGUGGUGGCUGCCCAUAUGCCAAGCUUGCCCAAGAAAAGAAAGGCAUCUGUGCCAAAUGUCCUCCUUUCAACAAUGGCUGCCCUUUCAAACAAUGCAAGACCGUGGGUGAGCUUCAAGACAUGAUGGGUCAGAUGCGUGACCAGUCCAAAGGCGAAGCUCAAUGGAUCGAGUUUUUGAAGGAUGUCGUCUUUCUUAGUAAGGAAAAACACGUGGAGUACGGAACUGUCUCCCAUCAAAGCUUCUUCAAGGGUGGCUGCCCCUUUGCCAAAGACACCGAAGGAAAUGAGAUUUUGAAACCUGUAUACACUGUGGUAAGUAAUUUCGAUUUCAGAAUGAAAAUAUUGAAUUGAAACCAUCAAUAAAGAGCUUUCUAACGUAUAGCGUAGAUGCAGGAAUUUCUUUUCUUUACCCAGUUUUUUAAGCAAUGCCAAACAGUUGUCACUGUGUAGUGUUUUUCCCACUUUCAGAGCAAAUCUCGAAACAUGAAUCAUUCUACAGGAGCUGAAUCUUACCUGAAAUGAAGAAAAUUGUGAUUAGCUCACGACUGAUUUAUUUGAGCUGUUGUGUAACGGUUCCCAGUGAAUGUUCUUGUUCCUAGUUCAAUUCUAUCUUCCCUUUAACCUGCAGUAUCCAUAUUCUUUGACGGUUGAAGAGAUCGUCAAGAAGUGCCCAGUUUUUGGCAAAGGUGUGUGCCCUUAUAAAGGUCUUGCUGAUGAAAUGAAAGGAAUUACCGGAAACUGCCCUGGUUUCAAACACGGAUGUCCUUUCAAGAACCUGACAACCAUGGGUGAGUACGUGGGCAAACUGGCCGAAAUGCGAGAUACGAUAGGCACUCCUAAGGGUCGAGCUGCAUUCGAGAAGUUGAUGAAGAGGGUUCAUGAGAUCUCCAAGGAGGCUGAGAAGAAGGCUGGACCUUGGCCAUUCCCUCCAGAUACCUGCCCAAUCUUUGCCCGUGAUGCACAUGGAAAGCGCAUCAUGCCAAAAUACAAUUAGGCUUCCUCACAGUGGAAGGAGAAGGAUCUGACAGAGCCAACUGGCGUUUAAGUAGCUUUUUCAGAAAUGACUUUUAAUUCCAUGUCGUUGUCUUGUUUAAGAGUAGGUUUUUAAGUCAGUCAGUUUCCUCCCGAUAUGUUAACUUUUAUAUACAGGUUGUGGUUUUGGGAUCUUUAUUGGUUGGGUGAGAAGCCUCGGUAUAAGAUGAGAUGAUGAGAUAGGUAUGAAAUUAUCUAUGGAGAGCUCCCGCUCAUUCAGCCGGGCUGUAACGACCCUAUUUCUUAGUGUAGCGUGUAUGGAACUGCCUGAGCAAGUGAUGCUACUUUCUAAUAUUUUGUUAUAUGUGCUCCUUGCUACUAGAUGUUUCGGUGUUGGGCUUUUUUUGAAGAGGUUUUUUUUACUUAUCUGGCAAUAAACAACUCCCCUCCCUGUUUUUAAAGUGUUUAUCCUAUAACGAGAUUAAUGUAGGGAUUUCGGGUCAUUCUUUGGUCAUAAUCGCAUCUGAUCUUGUAUUCAAGCGCAGCUUCAACGCUGUAACAGUGUUCAACCUUUUAUCUAGGAAUAGAAGAACAAUAAAGCUUUUAUCUUUGGG